AUGCCUCAGGGCUCUGUGACCCUAUCCGACGUCUACGCCGCAGCGCAGCGCAGGCGGCUCGAGCUCUCCUCCGGUAUAGAGCUACUCGAACGUUGCGAGUCGGGAGCAGGCGGCCCGCUGGCGGCACCGAUGUUCUUCACCGAGGCGCCGCGCGAUCCGAGCGGCGCCGGAGGCAGCGCAAGCGCAGCGGGGCCGGCGGGAGCGGUGGCGGUGGAUCCCGCGCUGAUGGACGGGCUGCGCGUGAAGCUGGCGGAACUGCAGCGCAUGUGCGCGGAUAUGGGGCAGCUUUGGCGCAACCACGCGAACAAGACGCAACGGGAGCUAUGGCGGAGGCGAGUGGAGGUGAUGGGGGAGGAGGCGGAGGCGCUACGGCUGGCGCUAGACCGGUGCGCAGCGAAGGAGCACAGGCGGCGCAGGGAGGCGCAGGAGCGGGCGGAGCUGCUGGUGGCGCGCGCGGGGGGGCAGGGGGGGCGCAUCCUGAGCGAGGCGGACGCGGAGAUUAGAGACAUGGAGACGGCUAAGAGGGCGGGGCGCGUGCUAGAGGACACGUUGGCGCAGGGGAUUGCCACGCUGUCACACAUGGCGCAGCAGAGGGAGGUUCUCAAGUCCGCCCAGCGGCGAGCGCUGGACAUGCUGAACUACGUGGGUCUGUCAGACGCAGUGCUGAAGAAGAUCAACCGGCGGCAGCUGGUGGACAGGGCCAUCAGCUACGGCGGCAUGCUGCUCACCCUCAUUGUCAUCUUCAUCGUCUGGCGCUGGACGCGCUGA